AUGCGAUCUCUCCUUGGAGACAUGCAAGUUGACGAUAAAUUUGUCAAGGAGAUGUUCUUAGAGCGUCUGCCCGCAGAUGUUCAACCAAUCCUGGCUUCCGGCUCUCAAAACCUUACGGUCUCACAGUUGGCUGAGAUGGCGGAUCGAAUGAUAGAGGUGCAGCGAUUCCAGUCACCUUCUGUUGCCCAGAUCUCAUCAUCUUUAUCGUCAGUGAAUGAAAAUCUAGCGAAACAGGUGUCGGCCAUAGCGGAUGAGAUGGCCUCCCUUAAAAUACAGCUCGCCCGCCUAACUUCCAGUCGCUCACGCAGUCGUCGUCGUUCUCGGUCGCAACCUCGGACUGCGGAUACUUGCUGGUAUCACACUAAUUUCGGCGUAAAGGCCCAUCGCUGUUCCUCACCCUGCUCUUUUAAACCGAAACAGGGAAACCAGUCAGCCAGAAAAUAGAUGCGACCGUUUUCUCUAGCUCUUCCGGCACUGGUCGCACCUUCUAUGUUUGCGACACUGCGACUCGCAGACGUUUUCUGGUGGACACUAGAGCACAAAUCAGUGUUGUUCCCCCAACUGCAGCUGAUCGUCGUUUCCCUAGCCCUGGUCUUCACCUCCAAGCUGCUAACUGUUCCCCCAUUCCCACUUUUGGCAGUCUGUCCUUAACCCUGAACAUUGGCCUUUGUCGGUCAUUCACAUGGAUCUUUGUCAAUGCUGAUGUCCCUCAUGCAAUCCGCGGCUGGACAAUCUUGCCGACUUCGAUCUCCUUGUUGACUGCCGACGUGCCCGUCUCCUCGACCGCACAACAAGUCUGUUUGUUCGUGGACUAACUCCCUUUACUGCCCCCACCAACUUAUCUGUUUUGGAUACGGAUAUUUCUAGUCCUUUUCGUCAACUGCUUCUUAGUCACCCCAAAAUAAUUAACCCCCAGUUUCGCAGUGGUGAGGUUCAAAAUGAUGUUGUGCACCAUAUCCGCACCUCAGGUCCUCCCGUGUUUGCUCGACCGAAACGACUAGCACCGGGACGUUUCCAAGCCGCAAAGGCGGAGUUUGAACACAUGCUGCAACUGGGAAUAAUUCGACCCUCCGAGAGCCCUUGGGCGUCUCCACUGCACAUGGUGCCCAAAGCAACAUCAGGCGACUGGCGACCCUAUGGCGACUAUCGAGCCCUCAACAGCGCUACCAUUCCUGAUCGGUAUCCCGUGCCUCAUCUUCAGGACUUUGCUGAAGCCCUUUUCGGCAAAGCGGUUUUCUCGAAGAUUGAUCUGGUGCGUGCUUUUCAUCAGAUUCCAGUUGCCCCCGAGGACAUCCCUAAAACUGCCCUCACCAGGCCCUUCGGUCUCUUUGAGUUUGUCCGCAUGCCGUUCGGUCUUCGUAAUGCCGCCCAAACGUUCCAUAGGUUCAUUGAUCAUGUCUUACGUGGCCUUCCCUUUGUGUACGCCUACAUUGAUGACCUUUUGGUGGCCGGCCGGAAUGAAGAAGAACACAAAGAGCAUCUUGCCUUGGUGUUUGACCGCCUCGACAAGUUUGACGUUGUCGUCAACCCCUCCAAGUGCGUGCUGGGUGUACCUUCACUCGAGUUCCUCGGCCAUCAGGUCGACUCUGAAGGUUUGCGUCCUCUCCCCUCCAAGGUUGAAGCAGUUCGUAAUUUUCCUCCUCCAACUUCCAAGCGUCAGUUACAGCGAUUCCUCGGCAUGGUCAAUUUUUACCGUCGGUUCCUACCUAACUGUGCUGAUCUCAUUUUGCCGCUCACCAACAUGCUUUCUGGUCCCAAAGGUCCCCUCGAGCUGACUGCUUUUGAGAGAAUCAAGAAUUCCCUUGCCGAUGCCACCUUACUCACGCAUCCCGCUCCCGAAGCUCAGUUGUCCCUGAUGGUAGACGUUUCGACCGUAGCCGUAGGUGCAGUCCUUCAACAACACCUUGCUGGUUCGACUCAACCACUUGCCUUUUUCUCCAAAAAACUCUUACCAGCUGAGACACGCUACAGUACCUUUGGCCGUGAACAACUUGCCAUUUACCUGGCUGUGAAGCACUUUCGGCAUUUCCUUGAAGGUCGUGACUUCACUGUUUUCACUGACCACAAACCGUUGACUUUUGCACUUCGUUCCCACUCCAACAAGUACGAUCCGAGGGGAAUCGCCCACCUGGACUACAUCUCCCAAUGCACCACCGACAUCCGCCACAUUGAUGGCACGAAGAAUGAGGUGGCUGAUAUGUUGCCUGACCCUCACUGUCUUCCCUCCAACACACACGGGAUCGAUCUUUGUGCCAUGGCGGCUGAGCAACAGCGAGUCGGUUGCCCUGGCGACGAGUCUGUUAGUGGUCUCCUACUCAAAGACAUUCCUCUGACUACCGGCUCUGGUAACAUACUUUGUGACGUCUCAACUCCCUUCCGUCGCCUUUUCGUGCCCGCCUCGAUGCGUCGAGCUGUAUUUCAAACUUUGCAUGGACUCUCCCACCCUGGGAUCCGAGCCUCUCAAACGCUCCUCUCGGAAAGGUUUGUCUGGUCUGGCAUGAACAAGAACGUCAAAGCUUGGGCUCGGUCGUGUCUGAGCUGCCAGAGCAACAAGGUGCUGCGUCAUAAAAAGUCCCCACCAGACACUUUCCCCAGUCCCGACGCACGGUUCAGCCAUGUGCACCUGGAUGUCGUAGGCCCCUUGCCUCCAUCCAAUGGUUUCACCCACCUGCUUACCUGUGUCGAUCGAUAUACUCGCUGGGCUGAAGCUAUUCCUUUGCCGAAUACGCAGACUGAAACCAUCGUGAAGGCCUUCGUCAGGCGUUGGGUCGCCAUGUUCGGUACCUCAUCCACGUUUACGACUGAUCGUGGUGCCCAGUUUGAGUCGGCACUCUUCCAAACGCUACUCAAUUUCUUUGGCUGUACACGCAUUCGGACGACAGCCUACCACCCAGCUGCCAACGGUACGAUGGAACGUUUCCAUCGUCUGCUAAAGACUGCCCUGCGUGCCGUCGAAGACCCAGGAAACUGGUUGGACAACCUUCCUCUUGCACUCCUCCGCAUCCGCGCAGCUCUGAAGUCGGAUCUGGGCUGUAGCGCAGCUGAAUUGGUUUUCGGCACUACCCUACGACUGCCAGGCGAGAUGAUCACCCCAAUCUGUCAUGGAGCCGACGAGAAUCCUGACAAUCUUUUGCACCGUUUGCGGGAAUUUAUGCGCUCGCUUUCCCCGGUUCCACCUCGAACUCCAGUGACUGAGUCUUAUGUCGAAAAAGACUUGGACAAGUGUACUCAUGUGUUCAUCCGGUGUGACCGUGUGCGCCAGCCUCUGGAAUCACCAUACAAAGGACCGUUCCGCGUGCUCGGAGAUUAUCAGACGUCAAUUCCUUUCAUAAAGUUGGGGAUAGUCAAAGUAGAGGCGUUGACGAACAGCUGGCGAGACCGGCCAUAG